AUGAUGCCUAAUCCCUUAUUCAAUACAUCUGAUUCGAAGAGCAAUAUGGUUGAGUCAAAAACAAACAACUCUGCAGCUACAACCACCAAAAACAAUAAUGCUAAUUUGAAACACAAUAACUCUGUCAUCACCGAGAACAACAUUGAAACAAAUAACAACUCAGCUGUCAGUAACAACAACAUCGAUGUGAAUACCAACUCAGAUUCAAAAACAAGCAUUGAUGCUCUCGCUCAGGGAUAUAGUGGUGGUGGUGGUACAUUAUCUCCACAUGAGGAUGCCCAAAUGUCUGAGAGCAAACAUUCUCUUAAUGGAAACAAGGUGUACAAAAGUGGGCCAUUAUUUUUGUCAUCCAAAGGGAUUGGAUGGACCUCUUGGAAGAAAAGGUGGUUUGUUUUGACACAAACCUCGUUAGUUUUCUUUCGAAGUGAUCCAAAUGUUGCGUCUCAAAGAGGAUGUGAGGUUAAUCUGACCCUUGGUGGCAUAGACAUCAACAGUUCGGGAAGUGUUGUUGUUAAAGUAGAUAAGAAACUCUUGACGGUUUUAUUCCCAGAUGGUCGUGAUGGGAGAGCUUUUACUCUUAAGGCUGAAACUGUAGAUGAUUUAAAUGAAUGGAAGGAUGCAUUGGAGGAGGCUUUGGCAAAUGCACCAAGUGCUAGCCCAAAAGUGGGGCACAAUGGAACAUUGAAAAAUGAGAAGAUUGAUACAGCCGACGGGUGUUCGGAACAAUCAAACGACCAACCGCUAACAACAUCAUUGGUCCUUGGUCGUCCAAUCUUACUUGCAUUGGAAGAUAUAGAUGGAACCCCAUCUUUCUUGGAGAAAGCCCUUAGAUAUGUUGAAGAUCAUGGAUUAAAAGUAGAAGGCAAUAUUGAGGCAAGCUGCGGAUGUGGAAGAUGGAAGGUGGAGUUUACCGCAGAUGAGGAUGCACAUGUUAUAGGAGAUUGUAUAAAGUAUGUUCUUCGAGAGUUGCCAUCAUCCCCGGUUCCAGCAUCUUGUUGCAAUGCUUUGCUAGAUGCGUAUCGGACCGAUCGAUCCACGAGAGUUAAUGCCAUACGUACAGCUAUAUGUGACACAUUCCCCGAACCAAAUCGACGUUUAUUACAAAGAAUUCUAAUAAUGAUGGAAACGGUCGCUGACAACAAGACAGUGAACAGAAUGAGUGUUUCAGCAGUUGCAGCUUGCAUGGCACCACUACUUCUUCGUCCCCUUUUGGCUGGUGAAUGUAACCUUGAUGGUCAAUUCAGUAUGUCUGGUGGUGAUGGAUCUGCUCAACUUCUUCAAGCAGCUGCAGCUGCUAACCAUGCUCAAGCAAUUAUUAUCACCCUUCUAGAAGAAUACGAUAACAUAUUUGGGGAAGGAGACAUGUUAAGUGAUCUAUACUCUGAUUCGGAAGAGCUUGGAAGUGAGAGUGAAGAGCUUAGUGAAGAUGAAAUAUAUGAAGAUGACGAUGAAGAUGAUGGUGAAUAUUCGUCUGAGAGUUCUAAUACAGAUAAAGAUUUUAUACAUGCAUCCACCUCGAGGCAGAGUGGUGAUGAUAGAGAUAAUCCUCAAAUUCAUAACAAGGGACUUGGUCAUGUUUCACGUUCCAUUUCCCAAAAAGUAACUAAUGAUCUUGAUGCCGAAAAAAAGUUAACAUCAAGUAUUGACCCGUCAACAAAAAAAUCAGUUGAGCAUUCUGAAAAUGACAAUGUCCACGCAAGUACAGAUAGAAAUUCAAGUGAUAAUAUUAUUCAUCGAUCUUCAACUACUACAGAUGGACCUCCAAACAUGCAACGCAUGACUUCUCGCCGAACAAGUGUAAACAAAAAGGCAUCAAAUGCCAAUAAAGAUGCUCAAGUUGAAAGGCUUGAGGCCACUAAAGGAGAACUUAAAGCAAAAGUUGAAGCAGAGGCGAAAGGAAACUCGGUUUUAAAAGAGGAUUUUUUAAACAAAAAGAGAGCUUUUGAGGUGCAUCGUCUGCAACUCGAGCAAGAUGUGGUAAGAUUAGAAGAACAACUGCGAAAGGAGCUGGAGUUGAAGAAAAAACUUGAGACUGGGAUUAAGAUAUCUCAACAAGCCUUAUUUUCACAUGAAAAGGCAGAAAGUGAUGUCACAAGCUUACAUAAAAAAGUUAGCAAUCCUGAAGACCGGUACUCAAAACCAGAAAAACUGUACAGAAAAGAUUCUCAUGAAGCAACAACUACUUCUCAUGAGAGUAAGGAUAACAAGCAUCAAUUUCAGUCUUAUUCUGCAAAAUUACCUCCACAUAAACAACUUGAUCCAACAAACAGUUGCAAGCAACAUACAUACUUUAGCAAAGAUAACAAUGACAAACAACACUUCUACUCCUUUUCUUCAAGAUUACCUCCUAGUCAACACUCUGAUUCAACAAAAGAAAUGAAAAAGUCUUCGACAACCAAACCUAAACGAAUGAACUCAAAAAAUGAGACUACCGGUACAAAUUCAGCAAUGUCAAAGAUUACAAAUGGUAUUAAUUUCUUGAAAGAAAGAAGCAACCAACUAGCAGAUGAGUUGCAAAUCAUGAACAAAGAUAAGAAUAAAAGCCAAUCUCAAAGGCAUGCCCGAAAAGACUCACAAGAUGAUUUGGAUAUCCAAUCAUCUAUGAGACACAAAGAAAGUCAAUUGCAACACUUGGAUUCACAUAUAGAUAGAGAGAGAAAAACAGAUGAUCAAUCUACAAAUCUAUCAAUAGAUAAACUGCAUGAUGAGAGUUCCUAA